AUGGCCGCCAUUCCAAUCCCUACACGGCAGCUGUUCAUCGGCGGCGAGUGGAAGCAUCCCGCGCUGAAUAAACGCAUUCCCGUCAUCAACCCUGCCACCGAAGAGAUCGUCGGUGAUAUCCCAGCCGCUACUGCCGAAGAUGUUGAGGUUGCAGUCGAAGCAGCUCACAGUGCUUUCAAUAGAAACAGAGGCAAAGAUUGGGCUUUUGCCUCUGGUGCUUUCCGUGCAAAGUACCUGCGCGCUAUUGCUGCUAAGGUUGUAGAGAAGAAAGAAGUGCUAGCGAAACUUGAAUCAAUUGAUAAUGGGAAGCCUUAUGAUGAAGCAGCCUGGGACAUGGACGACGUUGCGGGGUGCUUCGAGUACUAUGCUGACCUUGCAGAAGGCCUGGACUCGAAGCAGGGGACUCCUGUUGCCCUUCCCAUGGAUACAUUCAAGAGCCACGUUCUCAGGGAGCCUAUUGGGGUUGUUGCAUUGAUCACUCCCUGGAAUUAUCCUAUGUUGAUGGCCACGUGGAAAGUGGCUCCUGCUUUGGCUGCUGGAUGCACUGCUAUACUAAAGCCAUCAGAGCUGUCAUCUUUGACCUGCUUGGAGCUUGCUGCAAUUUGUCAAGAGGUUGGUCUGCCCAGUGGUGUACUCAACAUCUUAACUGGAUUGGGCCCUGAUGCAGGUGCUCCUUUGGCUGCUCAUCCCAAUGUUGACAAGGUUGCAUUCACUGGGAGCACAGCCACUGGUAGCCGUAUAAUGACUGGUGCAGCAAAACUAGUCAAGCCUGUCUCCAUGGAACUUGGUGGGAAGAGUCCAAUUGUUGUGUUUGAGGAUGUAGAUCUUGAUAAAGCUGCUGAAUGGACUGCCUUUGGAUGCUUCUGGACAAAUGGGCAGAUCUGCAGUGCUACAUCUCGUCUUAUUGUACAUGAAAGCAUAGCGGCUGCAUUUCUUGAUAGGCUUGUCAAAUGGGUUAAAAACAUCAAAAUAUCAGAUCCGAUGGAAGAAGGUUGUAGGCUUGGUCCAGUUGUUAGUGGAGGGCAGUAUGAGAAAAUUUUGAAAUUCAUCUCAACCGCUAAGAUUGAAGGUGCCACUAUUUUGACCGGUGGCGCUCGUCCAAAGCAUUUGAAUAAGGGAUUCUUCAUUGAACCAACUAUUAUUACUGAUGUGACCACCUCUAUGCAAAUAUGGAGAGAGGAAGUUUUUGGUCCUGUUCUCUGUGUUAAAACAUUUAGCAGUGAAGAGGAGGCCAUUGACUUGGCAAAUGAUACCCACUACGGCCUGGGUGCUGCAGUGAUCUCCAAUGAUGAGGAGAGGUGUGAUCGUGUAAGCAAGGCUUUUCGGGCAGGCAUUGUGUGGGUUAACUGCUCACAGCCAUGUUUCUGCCAAGCACCGUGGGGAGGCCUCAAACGUAGUGGCUUUGGACGUGAACUUGGGCAGUGGGGACUUGAUAACUACUUGAGUGUGAAGCAAGUGACCAAGUACAUCUCCAGCGAUCCAUGGGGCUGGUACCAACCUCCAUCAAAGCUGUAA